AUGUCUGCUGCUAAAGAGCGUCUCGUUCUUCUGGUUCCUCCUACUGUGGUUGAAACGGGUUUAAUCAUUUUCUCACGUAUGACUUCGGAGCGACCUGCUACUAUAUUUCUCUAUGCGCUCACGGUCAACUUUGUUUUGAUGGCGAUAUGGAAUAUCUUCAUCUGGCCAUUCUUCGUCAAUCCUCUUCGGCAUUUGCCGACCGUUCAUGGUCCCCUAAUCGGAGCCAAAGUCUUCUUGCGCCAGCCUCGAGGAAGUAUCAUCGUGGACUGGCUACGAACUAUUCCCAAUGAAGGCUUGAUUCAUUUCCGAGAGGCUUUGAACUACAGCUUUGUGGUUGCCACUAAUCACAGAGCUCUCAUGGAUGUCCUUCAUACAAACAGCUAUGAUUUUGUCAAGCCGCCCGGUGGACGAGAGUUCCUGGCCCGUGGUCUGGGAUACGGUCUCAUCCUGUCCGAAGGUGAUGCUCAUCGAGCAGCCCGCAAAGCUGUCACGCCUGCUUUUAAUAUCAAGAAUAUCAGGGCUAUGUAUCCCCUGAUGUGGUCAAAAACACGGCAUCUUCUUCGCCAGUUGCAGAGAGAAAUCGACCUUUAUCCUAUGCCUGGUAGGAAGGAGGGUCAAUCUGCUGGUGUUGUCGAGAUUCAAGGAUGGGCGAACCGAUUGACAUUGGAUAUCAUUGGACCUGCCGCGAUCGGACGAGACUUCCAGUCUCUAGAAAAUGAGAACGACCCUGUCUCGCAAAACUUCAACGCCAUUCUCAAGCCCUCCGCAGACCUCCUGCUCCUAUUUGCCAUCUCAAUCAUUCUACCACAGUGGUUUGUGAAGCGUAUUCCAUGUAACGCGAAUUCGGUGCUGCCUGAAAAGGUCAACUAUCUGCGAAACCUCUUUUCCGACAUCCUCCAUGAGAAACGGCAGCAGAUUGCCCAGGAGAAGACUCAGCAAGAAGCUGCCGAAGGUGAUAUUCUGGGGACCAUGAUGCGAGGUGGAGAGUUUAGUGAUAGUGAAUUGGUCGAUCAAAUGCUAACGUUCCUCGCGGCUGGUCACGAAACCACAGCUGGUGCACUCACCUGGUGCUGCUAUCAUCUCUGCAUCGAGCCAGAUAUCCAAGACAAACUACGCUCAGAGAUAUACGCAACCAUCCCCUCCCCGGAUGCCAGCGUUUCCUGGCAAGACCUCGAAGGAAUGCCCUACCUUAACGGUGUCUGUCAAGAAGUUCUACGCCUAUACCCAACCGUCCCGAUGACAGGCCGUGAAGCCAUCCGCGAAACAAUCGUCGCAGGCAAAAAGAUCCCCAAGGGAACAACGAUCGCACUCUGCCCACAAGCCAUCAAUCGCAACCCCGAAUUCUGGGGCGAGACGGCCGACCAAUUCCUGCCCGAGCGAUGGAUUGAUACGGACGAGAAGACGGGGAAACAGACACCGAAUAAACAUGGCGGUGCUUCUACUAAUUUUGCGCAGAUUACGUUCCUGCAUGGGCCACGGGCGUGUAUUGGGAAGGACUUUGCUAAAGCCGAGUUCCGAUGUGCCGUUGCGGGGCUGUUUGGGAUGUUCCGUUUUCAGCUGAAGGAGGCUGGACAGAAGAUUACUUUUGGAGGGACUUUGACUAGUCAGCCUAUUGAGGGGAUGCAUUUGAAGUUGACUAGAUUAGAGGGUUGGGAUUUGUAA